GCAGAGUUUUCCGUCCUGUGUCAGGAUAACAUCGCAAACGCGGACCAUCUGACGGUAAGACCGGACUAAAUGGAAGCAGCGGAGGAAACUCUCACUUACCGAGAUGACACCGGACUUCACAGGAAGCUGCUCCCACUGGACACGGAUAAGGAAGGCAAGGUCCACGGCACCGAGAGAAAAGGCGACGAGUCCAAUUACGUGGAUCUCGACACGAAACCAGACAGCGCGAAAACGGUGAAAGUGAGUUUCACCAGCAACGGGAAUCAGCUGUCCGUCAUCAAAGGCGACGGUUCCAAGCAGCGGGAGCACGAGGCGGAGCGCAAACUCAUCUCCGAUGGCUCCGUCAAAGAGCAGUCGGAGGACGAGCCUCCGCUGGAAACUCCGGCCAAACUUCCCAACACCGACCAGGGCUCCGGGACGGACGGGCCGCGCCGAACCGAGCCCGAGCCGAGCGACUGCAGCGAAGUGGACGACAGCGACGAGCUCCAGUACACGGACAUGUACCUGAACAGCAAAACCGAGUCCGACGAUGGGGUCAGCGCCGUGCUGUCCGACCACUGCGGCUCCGACGCCGUGGAGGACGAGUCUCACUACAUCACGACGCACGAAAUCCAGCUGACCGAGCUCGACCACGACGUCGAUUACGACCUGGGCCGAGGGACCUAUUGGGACUUUGAGGACGACAACCUGGUGUAUUCGUUUGUGGAUUACGCCUCGUUCGAAAGCGACGACACGCAGGAGGGCACCGUGGCGGCGGGGGGCCGCAGCCAGGUGGAGCCGCCGCCGGGGCUCGGCGGAGCGGCUCGCGGCGCCGAGCGCGGCGAGAGCGACCUCUGCGACUCGGACAAAUGCGCAAGUUCGGACGAGAGCGUGUGCAAAAAGCAACGCGCGGACGGGAAAUUCCAAUUGGCGAUACGAACCCCGUCCGGCGCGCCGAACGAGCCGGUUCCGAUCAUCGACGGCACCGCUCGCGGGUUCGUAGAACCUUUUGGGGACCGGGGCCGCUUCUCCUUCGUGAGCGCUGGCGCCAGAGCCCAGUAUUUCAUCCCGGCUCCGGGCCGUCAACACCUGGCGACCAAACUGAGACGCAAAGAUAUUAAUGAGUAUUCCAGCGGAGCGUCCAGCUCCAUCAGUGAGCUGGACGACGCCGAUAAAGAGGUGCGUAAUUUAACCGCCAAGUCUUUCCGGAGCCUGGCGUGUCCGUACUUCGAUGCCAUCAAUCUCAGCACGUCCAGCGAGUCCUCUGUGUCGGAAUGCGGCCUAAAUAAAUGGUCAGCCUACGUGGACUGGAAUUAUGGGAACGUGUGGCGGGGGAGAGAGCGGGGCGUAAUUGCGCACAAGACUUCUAGCGCAACACUGGAAAUGAGCGUGUCCAGUAAAAGGAACGACAAGUCUACGAAAGCCCCACAGAGCACCAUCCACCAGGCGAGCACGAGAACGACGCUCCCACAGGCGUCGAGCUCCUGUAAAAAGGUCGAGCUGAGCGACCCCGUUCAGCCAAAGCAGCGCGGGGUGACGCUGGAUUUACGCUGUGAGAAGGACCCGACCGAGGGCAGACGAGCUCCAAGAACGCGUGCCACGAGGUCACGGGGGAGCGCGUCCGGGUGCGAGACGCAGUGCCAUCACGCGGAAAACACGGGGGACACGCACAAAAGGGCGAUUUUUGCGUCGAGCUUGUUAAAAAACGUCAUCUCCAAAAAGAUGCAGUUCGAACAGGAGCGGAAGAUGGAGAGGGGCGAAAUCCGCGACACGCACCCGCCACAGCUGAGAGACCAGGAGCGAACGAAUCAAAGGGGUCCAGGAAGAGGCCCGCAACAAACCUCGGAACCUGACGACCAGCGCGGAGCCAGCUGCUGUGAGUCCACGGAGGAGCGGACGAGCGACAGGUCCCCACUCAGCCCGGCUCCGAGUGUUCAGUUCGGGUCGCAGAAGGACGACGACCCGGAACCCGCGAGGGAGGCGGAGCCUUCAGCUGCGGGCGACACGCAGAACCCGGCGAAGGACGAGGUGGAGAACAGCCGCCGCCAAAGAACGGACUCAACGGGAGAAGCUCCGGGCGUCACUUCAGGCCCACAAACACGGGAGACGGGCAUCCGUGGCCGCACAGUGGGCAAACACGACAAAUGGGGGAAAACGCCUGAGAUAAAGAUUUGCCUGAGAAAUGUGAGAGAAACUAAAGGCAGCACCCUGAAUAUCGCCAGCCUGCUGACCCCUAAGAUAAGCUUUAACACCGUCAACACGCUCAGGCCUGCGGAUGACGCCAAGUGGCACAUUUUGUCUGCCACAGAAAAAGCUCCAAACUUCACCGUCAGAGACAUAAGAGACACCAAGUGCAAGUUUCAGACGCCCAUAUAUCAGGUGAGGGACGUGCGUAAGCUGGUCAAAAGCUCAUACCGCUUCGUUUCUCUGGACAACAGCAACAGUAAAUGUUCCGCUGCCGCUGAGAAAACCAACGAGAAGGCCAAAAAGGAAGCGGUUAAACUUCUAUUGCCAUCUCCGAUUGUGAUUAAAUGUCAGUCUGUCAAAACAAAUGCUAAAUCAGAGGCGGACGAGGCAAAACGCCCCCCGGUGACAGCACGUCGUCCCACUGCAUCGCCAGCAGGAGGUCCCCGUCCAAGCAGCGGCCUCCCGACACCCCAGGACCUUCAACAGGCCCCCGACAGCAAAGCCCCGAAACCGCGGCCGGACCGGUUCCCCGGCGAGGCGGCGCUGCCCAAACAGGCCGCCAUCGAGAAGCUCAAAGCCGCCGUCAAAACCAUGGAGCAGCUCUACGAGUUCGACAGGAACGAGUGGAAGCGGAAGUCCGGCGCUCCGCAGGGCGCCGGCGAGAGGCCGGGGGCGGAGGAGCCGGAGGCGGCAACGGCGCGGAGCGGGACCCUCAGCAGCAGGACGCACGUCCGCAUCAGAUCGGUGAGCUCCGCUCGGCCGCCGGCCGCCGGGGAGCGCCGCGGCGCCGGCGUCCGUCCGAACAGAGGCACCCGAACGCGGCGGGUGGAGCCCAGCAGCCCCGCUCCACCCGCCGCCACGCAGGGCUGCUCGGACUACCUGAGCAUCCCCGGCUACCGAGCCGGGAGGCGUCCGCCAAGGCCCAGGCCCCGGCCCGGCGGGGCCCGGGGGCUCCCCGUUAGCCGCGGAGCACCCGGCGGCGAGCAUCUACCAUCAGAGGCCUCAGCGCCAGCAGCAGGCGUCGCGCUUUUUCCUCCGUCCGUCCCCACGGGAGACACCGUCCAAACCCAGCGCAAGAUGCUGCUGGACCCCACGACGGGACAUUAUUACCUGGUGGACACUCCCGUACAGGCCGCCACCAAGAGACUGUUCGACCCUGAGACGGGCCAGUACGUGGACGUGCCCGUGUCCAGUCGCCCGUAGCGCCGGUCGCCCCCGGUCACCCCCAUCACCCCCGUCACCCCCAUCACCCCCAUCACCCCCGUCCCCCUCUCCUUGUCGCCCCUGGCCCUGAGCCCAGCCGCCUACGCCCACACCUACAUGGUGUACCCGGGCUUCAUCCCCUCGCCCACGCUCCCAGCCCAGGCCGUGCUGCUGGGCCGCCCUGAGGAGAAGGCCAAGAACAGCAGUCCAGAGAGCGAUUAUUACAGUCCAACGGGGGACGCCCCGCGGCCGCAAGCUGUGGGUUCGGGACACGUGAGCACCAGAGGGGGGGCGGCGAGAACAGAGAGGAAGCCGGUGAUCAGCAUCAGCACACAACAAGGUCCAAGAAUCAUCGCCCCCCCUUCCUUCGAUGGAACAACUAUGAGCUUUGUAGUGGAGCAUCGGUGACCAAGAAAAUAUCUAAUAU